AUGACUCUCAGUGCUUAUGUGUGUGUGUGUGUGUGUGUGUGUGUGUGUGUGUGUGUGUGUGUGUGUGUGUGUGUGUGUGUGUGUGUGUGUGAGUGUGAGUGUGUGUGUGUGUGAGUGUGAGUGUGUGUGUGGUGUGUGUGUGUGUGUGUGUGCUAUGCCUGCAGUUUGCCAGACAUCAGCAGCAGGUUGAGAACAAACACGCAGAGAAGGGAAGAGAGAGAAGGAGAGAAAGAGAAGGACAACACACAAUACGACUAACUUUAUGUAAACCUCCUUCUACCUACAACUCAGUGCUGGCGGGAAGCAGUUCUUGGUGUUGUGUCGUGGCUGACUGAAGCUGUGAAAAUAUUAAAUGCUUCUCUGAUUACAACAGAGACUCAGGAGUGAUGUUGCCAGGUGCCAGGUCAUUGCUGUGGUGUGCUUUGUGUCAUGGGGUGGCCGUGUGGGCUUUUGCACGCAUGCCUGAUGCAGUGGAGCUGCGUUCUGCAUUUUCUGUCGCUCGUACUACUAGUAUGGAGGGUGGGCCAAAGAUGCUUGUCACCUUUGACAAGAUCUAUGUGAAUAUCGGUGGUGACUUUGAACCAAAAACAGGCUUAUUUCGCUGCCGGAUCCCUGGAGCAUACUACUUCUCCUUCACUGUGGGGAAGUUCCCACACCGGGACCUGUCAGUGAUGCUGAUGAAGAACCGGAAUGAGGUACAGGCAAUCAUCUAUGAUGACAACGGUGGUGAGGAACGCAAAGUCCAGAGUCAGAGCGCCAUGCUGCAACUCGACUUCGGUGACACUGUCUGGCUACGUCUCCAUGGUGACCCACGUUAUGCAAUAUAUAGCAACACAGGGCACUACACUACGUUCAGUGGAUACCUGAUUUACCCAGAUAUAUAUACAUUUCAAGAAAACAAAGAACAGACAAGUGAGGACCAAGCAACAAUAUUCACCCACGAUACACCUCAGCAAGUGGACAUAGAGGGAACUGUAACUGAAGAAAAGAAAGAGGAAGAGAUCAACGAAGGGAGGAGGGAUAUUGAAGAGGAAGAGGACCAGAGGUCUGCUUUCUCAGUUGGUCGCACCCAGAGCAUUCUGGGCAUAGAUAAAGGCUAUCCUGAGCACAAACCAAUAACAUUCGAUACUGAAUUUGUUAACAUUGGCAAUGACUUUAAUGUGACUUCCGGUGUAUUCAUAUGUCGUGUGCCCGGGGCCUACUACUUUUCAUUCAAUGCUGGUAAGCUGCCACACAAGACCCUUUCUGUGAAGCUGAUGAAGAAUCACUUGGAGGUCCAGGCAAUGAUAUAUGAUGACAGCGACACUGAGAAGGCCUUGCAGAGUCAAAGCCUGAUGCUGCAACUGCAAAAAGGAGAUACAGUGUGGCUCUACAGUCACCAAAGGGAAGGAUUUGGUGCAUACAGUAAUCAUGCAAAAUACAUCACCUUCACUGGAUUUCUGGUGUACCCAGAACUCCCCAGCAACCACCUUCGGCAGCAAAACCAGGGUAGGGCGGUUUAAGCAGAACCAAGGCACAGGUCUCUGUCUCUGUCUCUGUCUGUGAUCAGAGGUCAAAAAGACAACGGGUUUGUCUGCAUGUGGACUGCAUCCAAAUAAAUUCUUUCAAUCUGUCAGCUCUUGUGAACUCAUGCAGGGAAACCUGAAGUUGUGAUCUUUUGGUCCUGUUCUGUUCUGUUUGGACUCUGAAUGUUUGCAGCUUCUCCUGCUUUAUCAUUUUCUUGUGGAGAAAAUAUGUUAUGAGCACAAAAGCUUAAUGAAAAAUAUUACGAAAAAGUAUUACAGAUAUUGUGGGCAAAAAGUUGUUACAUGUAGUGUCACCAAUCCCCAAAGAGAUCUAUGCACUGAAAAUGGCUUGAUUUUUCAGUCUUGUCCUCUACAGGUUCAUGAGCGAAAAAGUUUCAAACUAGUGGCACUUCAUUCAGUGUACAUAGCUAAUAGCACAAUAUCAAAACAAAUAACACAUUUCAAAAGUGUAGAGCCCUGGGGCUGUGUUCACAACAAGCUAAAAAGAGCUCACAAUAGGUGUAAAGCCGGUUAACAGUGACCAAUUUAAGAGAUUUUUCCCCCCUAUUUUAGUCUAAAAGUAAUUCACAAAUGUGAACCCCUGUUCUAUAACACAACCCCAAUUCCAAAAAAGUUGGGAUUCUGUGUAAAAUGUAAAUAAAAACAGAAUGCACUAGUUUGCAAAUCUCAUAAACCCAUAUGUUAUUCACAAUAGAACAUAGGAAACAUAUCAAAUGUUUAAACUGAGGAAAUAAGGUAAUUUUGAAUUUGAUGGCAGCAGUACGUUUCAAAAAAGUUGGGACGGGGACAACAAAAGGCUGGAAAAGUAAGUGUUACUUAAAAGAAACAGCUGGAGGAACAUUUUGGAACUAAUUAGGUCAAUUGGCAACAUGUCAGUUACAUGAUUGGGUAUAAAAAGAGUAUCUUAGAGAGGCAGAGUUCCUCAGAAGUAAAGAUGGGAUGGAAUCUGGAUGUAUAUACCUUUCAGCAUUGAUGGUGCCUUUCCAGAUGUGCAAACAGCCCAUUCCCUAGGCACUAAUGCACCCCCGUACCAUCAGAGUUGCAGGCUUUUGAACUGAGUGCUGAUAAAAAGCCGGACGGUUCCUCUCCUCUUUAGUCCUCUUUAGUUUAGAGGACGCAGCGCCCAUGGUGUCCAAAAAGAAUUUCACAAUUCGAUUCGUCUGACCACAGAACAGUUUUCCACUUUGCCUCGUCCAUUUUAAAUGAGCUUUGGUCCAGAGAAGAUGGCAGUGUUCUGGAUCAUGUUCACAUAUGGCCUCUACUUUACAUGAUAAAGCUUUAACUAGCAUUUGUGAAUGGCACGAUGAACUGUAUUCACAGACAGUGAGCUCUGGAGGUGUUUCUGAGCCCAUGCAGUAAUUUCCAUUACAGAAUCAUGUCCGUUUUUAAUGCAGUGCCACCUGAGGGCCCGAAGAUCACAGGCAUGCAAUACUGAUUUUCACCCUUGUCCCUUGCACACAGAGAUUUCUCCAGAUUCUCUGAAUCUUUUGAUGAUAUUAUGUACUGUAGAUGAUGAGAUAUUCAUAGUCUUCACAAUUUUACAUUGAGGAACAUUAUUCUGAAAUUGUUCCACAAAUUGUAGACACAGUUUUUUGCAGAUUGGUGAACCUCUGCCCAUCUUACUUCUGAAAGACUCUGACUCUCUAAGAAACUCUUUUUUUUAUACCCAAUCAUGUUACUGACCUGUUGCCAAUUAACCUCCAGCUGUUUCUUUUACUUUCUUUUACUAACAAUUACUUCUGCAGCCUUUUGUUGCCCUAUCUCAACUUUUUUGAGACAUUUACACAGUUUACAUUUACCCAGUUUAAAGAUUUGAUAUGUUUUCUACGUUCUAUUGUGAAUAACAUAUGGGUUUAUGAGAUUUGCAAAUCAGUGCAUUCUGUUUUUAUUUACAUUUUACACAGCGUCCCAACUUUUUUGGAAUUUGGGUUGUAACAAGGUCAGAGCUACGUAAAUAGGUUUCAAGAAAAAAGAAAAACUUCAGAUAAGAUCAUUUUUGUGAAUACAGCCCCUUGUCCAAUUAAGGUUUCAGGUGGAAAUACAUCCAUCAACAAAGCAAAAGUAUGGGAGAAGUGGGAAAAUUGCAUGCAACUUUAGUUCACUCAUAAGAAAAUAUUGCUCACAGUCCUUGUUUUGCAUGUAGAAUAUUGUUGACUUCUCUGACACAGUUGUUUGGAGCCUUGCUGGUAUUUCCCUUGCACACAGUGUGUACACAUUUUUGGGCAACUUAAAAAGUGACAGUUAUAGUGUUAUUGUUGUGAUCACCAACUCGCUGUAAACAUUGUAUACGUUUUGCUAGUAAGACCACAGUAAUAAUCUGCCCAAGAAUACAUUCCUUAUCACAAGCAGUUAUUUUAAAACCAUAUUUCAGAAGUUUUGCUUGACUUACUAGUGCAUGCUACUAUUGAGAACUUGUUAAUAUAAUUAAAAAAGAAAAGCACACAUGCCACAUGUGCACAAUUCCACACUGGGAUAUACUUAAUUUGUUUGAUUUCUAUCCAUUUAUACCCUCAUGAAUGUUCACAUUUUAAUUCUGUAACUGGUGUCAUAGUGAUUCACACUAUAAUAUGCGAUCAUAAAAGGAAAUGUUGUGAAUAUACUGAGAUCUACCCUAACUCUAGAGUAUUGUCUGACUAGCUAUUUUUGUUCGUGUGGUCUGAGUUCAGGCUCAGUGAGAUUGUAUCUCUUUUACAAUGUUCUGUGGAUGUUUUUGUGACUGACACCAACGUGAAUAAAAAACUGUCUGUAAACAA